AAUGUGCUUUGUGUUCUACCGCAGGAGUUGAUACAGAACGCUGAUGAUGCCAAAGCUUCAGAGAUCGUGUUCAUCUAUGAUGAGAGAAGAUACGGCACAGGCAGCGUGUGGAGGGAAGCUCUUGGGAAGUAUCAAGGACCUGCUCUCUACGCUUUCAAUAAUGCAGCCUUCACUGACGAGGACUGGGAGGGAAUCCAGCGAGCUGGAAGAAGCAUCAAACAGGACGACCCAACCAAAGUGGGGAGAUUUGGGAUCGGCUUCAACUCUAUUUACCAUGUUACAGACUUGCCAUGUGUCUUCAGUUCUAAACACCUGGCUGUUUUCGACCCACAAAUGAAGAUGUUCGAUGAUGAAGAGGAGGGCUUUCGAUGGUCACUGGAUGAUGAAGAGGACAGAAGGCACCUUUUGGAAUUCACAGAUCAGUUCAAGCCUUUUCAGGAUAUAGUUCAUCUAGUCAGCCGCUGUUCUUGGAAGAAAAUCAUAGAUGAGCAGAACUUCAGUGGAACACUUUUCCGCUUUCCUCUGCGCAGUGAAGCCUCUGAGAUCUCUGAUAAUUUAUACAACUCCAGCAAGAUAACACAGCUCUUCAACAGCUUCAUAGCAGAUGCAGAGAUCAGUCUUCUCUUUCUGAGAAACGUUUCAUCCAUUACUUUGAUGCAUGUCGACACAAACGGCACCGCCAAUGUUAGGAUGAAAGUUUCUGUGGCAUCUCCUGAAAUUCCUCUUUAUCAAGAAUGUUUCCGAAGAGAGUUGGUAGAAGGUAAAACCAGCUUUAGAACAGUGUCCUGCUUUUCUUCAUCUGGGACUGAGACAAAGACCAAGUGGCUUGUGACGACCAGUCGACUAACAAAAGGGAACAUACCUGAGAUCGACACCCUUGCUGAGAAGCUCAGUUUCCUUCCUCAGGUUGAUGUAGCAUUUCAGUGUGAUGAAGUCAAAACAUGUGACUCUGGAAGACUGAGCUGCUUUCUGCCCCUUCCGAACAAUGAGACCAAUAACACGGGCCUCCCGGUUCACGUUAACGCAUGCUUCGGCCUCACAGACAACCGGAGGUACAUCAAGUGGCAGGAGGAGGACCAGAAGAACGACGAUUCGGCGAUGUGGAACGAGCUGCUAAAGAAAGAGGUUCUUCCCCACGUGUAUCUCAAGAUGAUUCGAGAUGCUGUUCAACUAUCCACAAAGUCGCUGCUGCCGGCCAGAGCUGUGUACAGUCUUUGGCCUGACCUGAGUAAGACGGAACACAAUGACCGAUGGCAUGAAGUUGCCCUGGACGUGUUUAAAAGGUUAUUCCAGAGUAAAGGAAUCUUCUCUCUUGCUCAAAAUGAGAAAAACUGGGUGGCUGCUUUAGAGGCUGUUUUCCCAUCCAACAGUACAGAUACUGGUGUGAUGUCAGCAGUGUCCCGGUUAUUGAUAAAAGAGGGAGAAAACCUCGUCACUGUUCCUGAACAUGUGCUGAAAGCUAUUAGAACAGUUUUCCCAGAACCUGCAUCUCUGAAAUGGGUGACCCCGUGCCUGGUUAGAAAUGUGCUCCGCAAAACAGAGAUUGGAAAUGUGUGUAAAGAUGAUAAACUGUCGCUCCUGGAGUACAUCCUCAGUGAUGGCAAGUACAAAGAACUGCAUGGUCUACAGCUUCUGCCUCUCAGUGAUGGGAGUUUCAAAUCAUUCACCAAUAAGGAAGAAGAUACAGUUUUGAUUGACAAUGAAGAGUUUUCACGAGUGCUGUUGCCUUUUUGCAAAGAAAAGUUUCUGCACAGUGACGUGAACGGCAACACAAUUCCUCACCUCAAACAAAUGGUUUUGACAAAUGCAAACCUGUACAAAAUAAUCAUUUUGGAUGCAAAGAACGUUGCAGCUUUUGCCAGGAAACACUUACCCAGAGACUGGAUAGAGACCCAAGGUCAGGUGAAAUGGAAUCCCUCUAAAGAUGGUCACCCACCAAAGUCAUGGCUAACAGAAUUCUGGAAGUUUCUGAAUACUCACUGGGUGGAGCUGAAGGAUUUCGUUGGCAUGCCUUUAAUACCUCUGGAACCUCUUCAAAAAACAGGCAGUUCUACAAGUUUAGCAAGACUAGAGAAGAAUUCCACAUUGAUCUUUCAGAAAAGCAGAGAGUCCAGCUUGCCAGAUCAAGUUCAGAAAGUGGUAAAGAUGGUGGGAGGAACAGUCGUUAGGAAGGAUGAAUGUCUCAAACAUCAUGACAUCGAAAGUUAUGUCCUGACAACAUCACCAAGGAAUGUUCUGCAAGUCCUUCUGAACUCUGCCAGGGACAAGGUCAUGAGAGGCAUUACCAGUGCUUCACUCCAUGAAAAAGAAGAGUUUAAGAUGUAUCUCUCUUCAUUGGAUUCUGUCUCUGAUGCUGAGAAACGUUUACUUUCAGCUCUUCCUCUCUUCAGACUGAUGUCUGGAAAUUUUGUAGCUGCUGAGUCAAAACAGGCAGUUAUUCUGAAGUCCAACCCAGCCAUUCCAGCAGAUUUGCCUGUUCCUGAGACUAUUGUACAGUGUGCUAAUGAAGCAGAUCGUAGGCUUUUGACUCUUCUCAAGGUUGAUCUUCUAGAUGCAGCUCAGUUGGCCAUCAACUUGGUAGACUGCAUUGAAAGAAAUGCCUUUAACAAAGAGAAUGAAGAGAAAAUAAUGACUUGGAUAUUGAAUCAUGGGAAUGUCCUGCUCCCACAAAGUGAUGAAUUGCUUAGAAAAAGCAAUAAUCUACCUUUCAUUCAAACCGAAAAGGGGGAGCGCAAGAAACCCUCAAGUGUGUUUGACCCCACAAACAAGAUUUUUCAAGAUCUUUUCGACGACGAUUUCUUUCCACCACCAGUCUACAGAACCCCGGUGAUUCUCCAAACCUUGAAACAACUUGGUUUACGGACAAAAGAAGACGAAAUAUCCUCCUCAAAUGUGCUUCAUGUUGCAUCCCAAAUUCAAAAGCUCCACAUCCACUCUCGAAAUAAGGCAUUUAAAAAGGCAGAAGCUCUUGUGAGAGUAUUAAAUAGAACAAAUUUGCUCUCAAAAUGUUCUGUGGGGGAGAAAGAACAGCUUCGUCAAAUGCAGUGGGUGCCCUGUGAAAAUGCAAGUUCAGUAAACAGUAAGAGUAAGCAGAGUCAGAAGAAGGGUCUCUACAAACCAGCUGAAAUCAGAGCAUCAAAAUUCUCAGCAAUUGUGGGCCAUGUUAUGCCACUUAAUUCAGAGCUAAGUGAGGAUGUGUGCCAAAAACUGAGUCUUUUUAGCCCUCCUCCAGCUGAGAAGGUCUUGGAGAACCUUUGUGUUUUGCAGUCGAUGGUUCCAGACAAUCCAAAUUCUGAUUUUGAGUUCAAAAACAAAUUGCACAACACCUACAAAUUCAUGCAGGAAAACAUCGAAUAUUUCAGAGAAGAGAUGAACAAGAAAUGCAUCACUUGGCUCUGGUGCCAGAAUGAGUUUGUCUCACCUCGGGAUGUUGUGCUGUACUAUCCACAGGAGUUAGAUCUCAGCCUUCACAUAAAGAAGGUACCAGAUGAGUUUCUGCCAUAUGAUAAUAUGCUAAAAGAGUUUGGUGUAAAGGAAACACUCUCUGAUGAGGAGAUUGAAGACAUAUUCCAUGACUUAAAGCACAGCAUCGAUGACAGAGAUCCACCUUAUGGGGAUCCCUCUGAACUCAAGGUGUCAAUAGCCAUUCUUGACUGGAUGCGAAAGAAUGAAAAACCUUUGAAGGACAGUACCCCAGUGCCUGUCAGGGCGGAAAAUGGAAAAUUCACCCUACAGCCUUUAAGAAAUACAGUUUACUGUGACAUCAGUGAUGAAGGACUAGAUGACCUGAGACACGACCAGGAGGAGUUUCACGUCAUUCAUGAAGAGGUACUUGCUGUCACUGCAAAAUGGCUAAAAACUCCUAUGCUAAGUACACGUAUUUUGAAGCCACAAUUCAUAAAAGCAGAGGAAGUGUUUCCAGGAAUUGAACAGUGUGGUCAGACCGAACCAAUUACUCAAAGAAUCAAAAACAUACUCAAAGAAUAUGAUGAGGAAAGUGACAUUUUUAAAGAACUAAUCCAGAAUGCAGAAGAUGCAGGAGCAAGUACCUGUGAUUUCCUUCUUGACUUCAGAACACACCCUGAGGAUGGUCUCAUUGAUGAAGGAAUGGCCCUCUGCAAUGGACCGUGUCUUUGGACUUUCAACAAUGAACGCUUCUCAGAAGAAGAUUGGAAAAACAUUGUCAGAGUUGGAGCUGCCUCAAAAGAAAACAAAAUAGAGAAAAUAGGGAACUUUGGGCUUGGGUUCAAUGCUGUUUAUCACUUGACAGAUAUCCCAUCUAUUUUGAGCGGGAAAAGUCUUCUCAUUCUUGAUCCAAAUGUCACUCACUUGGAAAAGCACAUACACAGUAAAACAAAUCCUGGAAUUAAACUUGAUUUGUUCCAAGAAAGACUGUUCAGGAGAUUUCAUGGACAGUUCCGAUCUUAUGAAGGAAUUUUUGAUUGUGACCUGACCAAGAGCAGCCAGAACUACUACAAUGGUACCCUGAUUAAAUUACCAUUCCGAACUCCAGAAGAAGCCUGCAAGUCAGAAAUUAGCUGCAAGGUGUAUGACAAAGAAUGCAUAAGUGCUUUACAGGAACACUUCACUGAUGGAUUUCAAAGUCCCCUGCUAUUCCUUAAGAACAUAAACUCUGUGUCUCUUCAAUCAAUUUCUGAAGGUGCUUCCACGCCUCCACUACCGAAACAAACUCGGAAACUCCUCAAAAUCUCCAGGAAGGUUGUUUGUUCAAUUGAUAUUUCAAAUGCUGAACAUCUUCAAGACAUCAGGGACACUUUGGAAAACCUUGACAAAAAUUGCCACAAGGUUGUUGAUUGCUUUGAAGCACACAUUACUGAAAUAGAAAACAAACAGCUUGAGAGAACUAACACCCAGUCCUGGUUUCUCUACUCAAGUUUUGGGACAAAGGAUUCUCUGCGAAUGUUCCAGAGAGAACAACAGGGGAGCAAGUUUUCCCUGCCAAUUGGAGGAGUUGCUGUACCUUUACAACAAGAAGCACAAAAUGUUUGGUCCCCUGAUGAAAGUUGUACAGUCGGCCAGGCCUACUGCUUCCUUCCUCUUCCAAUUGAGACAGGCCUCCCAGUUAAUAUCAAUGGGUCUUUUGCAGUCUCGUCAAAUAGGAAGGCUCUCUGGCAAAGUGGAAUAAAGGGGGAAUGGAACAAAGCAUUACUCCAAGAUGCCACUGCUUCUGCCUAUAUCACCACACUACUUGAGCUAAAGAAGAUGUCCCAAAACGGGAAACUUCAAAACUAUGACUACUACACAUUUUGGCCUAAUGCUGAAAAAGUACGCAAAGCAUUUCAACCUUUGGUUGCUGCUUUCUACUCAGCCAUUACACAGAUCAACAUGACUGAACAAUCUCUAGAGCUUUUCAGUAAUGGCAAAACUUGGUGCUCAAUGGACAAGGUGAGAUUUCUGGCUGCAAACAUUGAAAACAACAAAGCCGUGGGAGAGCUUGCCAUGAAAGUUUUCCUGAAUGAUGCAGACUCAAGCUACUGUGCCAUUCCUUUGCCAUCAUGGGUGAGAAAAAGCUUCACUGCCUGUGGUUUUGAUGAGAUGGUAAAAGAAAGGACUUUUUACUGGGUCGAGUUCUAUCAAAUAGUUUUCAAGAAUUUAGGCAACAUGGAUCCACCCUGUAGGAAUGCUCUUAUACUGCAUGCUCUCGACUUGAAUGACCCUGCGAUUGAUGAAUUACUGAAAAGUAAUCCAUGCAUUCCAACACAGAAAAGUGACAAACUUCAGUUUAUCAACAAACUUGUGUAUCCCCAUGGGAAAGUAGCCUGUCUGUAUGAGCCAAAGGAAGGACGCUUUCUUGAUGGAACCAAAAAUGACUACUUCACUCCCAAAAGGGUUCAGCGACUGUCAGGCUUGGGAAUGCAAAGCGAUACUCUACCACUGGAGGAAGUUGUAGACAGAGCAAAGACAAUUUCAAGAGUUUGGAAAGAGGACAAAAAGAAAGCACAAAAAUGUCUCAAGUGUCUGUUUGACUGUAUGAAAGAAUGUUCUCGUGAUGUCAGUUCUCCACACUGGGAAACACUGAAAUACACCCCGUUCCUGCCUGCUGUGAUUACCGAUCUGGGUAAUAAAGAGAUGACCAGACUAAAAGAACCAUCUGAAGUCUACAGUCAAAAGCACAACUAUCUGGUGAACAUGACAGAAUUCAGUGUUGAUCACACAAACCUGCUUAUACGGCAAGAUCACCCAGUCCUAACAACACUGGGAGUAAACAGGAACCCACCAGUUGAGACAGUGCUUAAACAACUGAAAGAGGCACAUGAUCGUUCAGAUGCAUUUGAGAAAUCUGUUCUCCUUAAUGUGGCCAAAAGCUGUUACGACUAUCUCAACAAAUACUUGAUUGAUGGUGGAGAUUCUACUGCUAUUAUUGCCCAUGCAAAUUCAAGACCGUUCAUUUAUAUCGAAGACCGCUUUGUAAGUGUGCAAUCAGUGGCCAAGAGCGGGAAAUUUGAAGAGAAACCUUACCUCCAUUUCCUUCCAGCCAUCUUCUCCAAAUUUGAGAAUCUUUGGAACUGUGUUGGCAUCCAAAGUACAUUUACCACAGACCAGUUUGUGGCUGUACUAGAAGAAAUGAGUACGUCUCCUGGACCUCUUUCUGAAUCAACUCUUCAUACUUGUCUUUCCAUUGUUACAAAAGGACUGUAUGGGGCCAGAGAUGGAAAGGUUGAAGACUGUCUUCUACCUGAUGAAGAAGGUGUCCUCACAAGUUCAAGUAAGCUUAAGUAUAAUGACAGCCCUUGGAUGCCAGUCCAAGCUGGGGUAAAACUUUGUCACAAACUGAUACCUCGAUCUGUUGCUUGUUAUUUCGGUGUGGAAACAACACGACACCAUACACUGAACAGUUAUGAAGAUGAAGAGUUUUCUCCGUUUGCUGAAGAGUUUGGACAACAUGAGAAACUAACCGUCAGAAUAAAAAACAUUAUUGAAGCAUAUCCAUCCAAGAAAGACAUCCUGAAGGAACUCAUACAGAAUGCUGAUGAUGCAGAAGCAACGGAAAUCCACUUUAUAUGGGACAAAAGAGAGCAUAACACUGAAAAAGUAUUUGGAGAAAAAUGGAAGAUGCUUCAGGGCCCAGCACUUUGUGUUUACAACAACAAGACAUUUUCUGACGAAGACCUGAUUGGCAUUCAGCAGCUUGGGGAAGGUGGUAAACAUGGCACUUUUGGUAGAACUGGGAAAUAUGGACUGGGUUUCAAUUCUGUUUACCAGCUGACAGACUGCCCCUCUAUACUCACUGGUGACAAGUAUCUCUGUAUCUCUGACCCAAAUCUGCAGUAUGUGGAAGGUGGAAGAAAAAAAAGAGGCUGCAGGUAUUCCAUGGAUGAAAAAUUCAAAGAUUCUUUCAACGAUGUUUACCGCACAUUUCUCCCUGACAAAUUUGUUCUUCAAGCUGGAACCAUGUUCAGGCUUCCUCUCAGGACAGAAGCAAUGGCAGACAGAUCUGACAUAUCUAGACAAGUGGUUACAGACUAUGGAAUGAUGCAACUUAAACAAGCUUUGGUUGAAGAUCCUGAGGGUCUGGUUCUCUUCUUGAAGAACAUCACAAAAAUACAGUUCCAUGUGAUUGACAAAAAAGGAAAAAUGACAGAUGAUUUCUUAAUUGAGAAAGUCAUCAAAAGCAACAUUGAGGAAAGGGAAGGAUUUCAAAACCAUGUCCGUAAUUCUCUCAAAUCUGGGCAGGUUGUCCAAUGCCAAGCUAUCUAUAAUGUACAGAUAUCAUCUCAAAGAAAGCAAAGUGACUGGGUUAUUGCAGAAAGUUUUGGCUCCUUUUUGCAUAACAAUAACAAGAAAGAUGGACACCCUGACCACAAAGUGCCUCGUGUGGCCUUGGCAGCUAGCACAGAUGCAAAACCAGCUGAUCUUAAGUUUACUCUCGAAUUUACUGGAAGGGCUUUUUGUUCUUUACCGUUACCAGUCCAAACCGGUCUUCCUGUUCAUGUGAACGGAAACUUUGAAUUAGAUGACUCUAGAAGAGAUCUGUGGAAAGAGGAUGGCGACAGUUUGAGGACCAGGUGGAAUCAAUCACUGAAACUGAAGGCCCUGGCACCUCUAUAUGCUGACCUUUUGAACCAUUGCUGUGGAACUGUUAAGAAAGAUACACCCAAGAAUUUGCUAUUUCUCAAGUCUGAACUGGAAACUUGCUUUAAGUACCUUCCUAUUGUCUCAAAAGAUGUUGCCCCAGUCUGGCAUGAGAUGAUAACUGAAGUAUACAGAUCAAUCAAUGAACGAAAUCUUCAGGUGAUACCUACCCUAAGAAGUGUUGCACAUGACCGUUCAAAGCGGUCAGAGCCAAAGUAUGUGGUGAAUUGGUCCAGUGUGUCAAAACCUGACCCAACAGAUUCACCUCAUUUCAUGGCAUCAACCCAUGACAGCAUUCUCCAAGUUCUGGAACACAUUGGAAUAAACUUGAUGCCACACUUAUGGAAGACGGAAUUACUUAAGAAGAGUUUUAAAAAUGCGGGUAUAGAAGUUGCUGAGGUCAGUCCUUCAUCAGUCAUCAGUUAUUUAAAGAAAAAAACACUGAAUGAUCCCUCACAAACAACUGAGGAUUUACCUUUACCUAUCAGCCAAACUCUGAUUAAAGAUAAAGGAAGUUGUUCAAAGCUGUUUGACUUCUGCUUAUCAGAUGAGAAGAAAAAUUCACUUGACCUGAAUGGACUACCGCUCCUUCUCACACACAAUCAGAUGUUGAGAAAGUUCAACUCGGACUCUCCACGACUAAUUACAAGAUUUGCCAGCAUUUUUUUGGGACAUGAGUCAGAAUUUGCAGAUUUCUCUGUUAAUCAUAAACAUCAAAAAAUUCUCCAAGAGGGAAAAUACAUUGAGAACAUAACAAUCCCUGUGGCUGCAAAGUUUCUAGAACCAGUGCUUAAGCAAAAGCUACAACCAUCAUCAGCUAUGGAAUGGAAUGGGCUUUACAAGGCAGAGAAACAGAUAAUCACAUGGUUAAGAAAACUUUGGGAAUUCUUCGCUGAUCAAGACGAACAGCAUUCCCGACAUGAAAAAAACAAUCCUACCUUUGAGGAAAUAAAAAAACACUUUGACUGGCCCAUCUUGCCUGUAAACCAGAAAGGUGUACAAUUCCUGCUGUCAGUUAGGAAAUUACAUACGGUUGUUCCUGAUCUUGGAAAGCAUGUUUCUCCCAUUUCUUCAGUUUUCCUCAAACUGGGAUUUGUGACAUUAGACCACAAAUUUUUCCCAGGGCUCACGCAUUUCAUGCAGCAAUAUUUGGAACCAGGAAUCAUGGAUUUCGGCAACACCCAUGCUGUUUUGGAGCAGCUAUAUCAGGUUCCUCAUUCACAAUUUGAAGUGCUUUCCACUAAUGAUGCUGCCGAGCUUCAACGUUACUUGCAAUCUGGCAUCGGGUUCUCGAAAAACCCAAAUGAAUACCAGAGAAUGCUCAAGUCUUUGCCGUUAUUUGAGACAGUAUUUGGAAAGCGACAACGGAUUGAUCUUCAUGGAAACGUAUUUGUUCUAAAAACUGAGUUCCAGGCAAGGUUCCCAGGAUUGUACAUUUUUGAUGAAAGGAAAGGGAUUUUCCUCAAGAAUAGUCCAGUAAACCAAAGUUUGGCAGCAAGUCUCAAUAUCCCAAUGUUAGGAGAUUUGGAAUACUGUGUUAAAUUCAUCCUUCCCACUGUCAAAAAUCUCAAGGAAUGCCUAGUGCUUGAUCUAGUUAGGCUUCUCCUAGCACUGAAUCAUAAUAGUGACUAUGAGAAACAUCGAUAUUCAAUUACUUCAACAAUGAGUGGUGUCCCCUUUAUUCGAGACAUUAAUGGCUCUCUUCAAAUGGCCUCACACUUCUAUGAUGACUACAUAAACCUAUAUAAGGUUAUGCUUCCUGAGGAGAGGUUUGUGCCACAGGCAUUCUGGAAACAAUUCCAAACUAGUCAUGGAAUAAAAAGUUUUCUAAAAGAGCUGGGUUUAAAACAUGAGAUACAAGAGAAGGAGAUAAUUGACUUUGCAUUUCAAAUUGAAUCUGAAGCCAGAGGUAACACUAACCUGGAUGUUCUGAAAAACAAAUCAUCAACUUUGUUCAAGACUGUUCUGCAGAAGAGCACUGAGAAAAACUCUAAAUUGAUGAAGAGGAUUGCAACCAUGAAAUUCAUCUUUCCUGUGAAGGUUGAAGCAAAGCUUUGUGACUAUCACCGAGCAUUUGCUCAAGAAAGAGAGGUUGUCGCUAUCGAAGGAUCACUGUUGGAAAAAGACUCUAGCCACCAGUAUCUUAUAUGGACAGCUAUGCCAAUUCUGCCCUCCAGAGACUGCGCUCCCAGACACCUAGAUGCAAUGAAGUCUGUUGGAGCCUUUGAUAAACCACCUUCAGGACAAGUAAUGCAGAACUUGAGAAAUAUUUGUCAACCUUCAAGCAAAUCAGAAAUGUCAGUAAAUACAAGAGCUGCAGUGUUCAGCAACUCGUAUGCAUACCUACAGUCUGUGGAUUUUGAUGCAUCUGCUUUGGCCGGUCUUCCUAUUGUUCUCACUGAAAACGACACAACCCUUGUGAAAGCUACCCAAGCAGUCCUUUCACUUCCACAUUCUAACGAGUUCAGGCCUUACCUGUACCCUAUCCAAAGCAAUCAUGCAAUAUAUGCAGAAUUCUUCAAGAAGAUUGGGGUUAAAGAGAAGCCUACAAUUACACAACUGUGUACAGUGCUCCAGGAUAUCUACCAGGAGUGUAGUGAUAAGAAUACACUUCACCCAAACCAGCAGACCACAGUGCAACGUGUAGUGGAGCAGAUUUUCCAGCUGAUUAAAGAGGAUAAAACGUGUAAUUUUCACAAAAACACACUGUAUCUCCCAUCAUCAGACGGAAAACUAUAUGAGUCCAACACAUUGUUUUUCAAUGACACUGUCUUCCAGCCUAAAAGACUAGAGGAUCCACUACGAACCAAACUGAAGCUGCUUGAGAACCUAAACCAUUGCCACCUUGGAAAUGACCCAUAUGAACAUCAGAAACUUCUGCAGUUACUUCCUCAGAACAUUCGUCCAAAGCUUCUUUCUCAAGUUAUCUCAGAGAACCUGGUUGGUGCACAUGCUGAACAAUGUGAAUAUGGAAAGAGAUGUGAAUUCAGUGGUUGGUUUGAACAGCAUUUGUCUUCCCGUGCAUUUCGUCAUGGUCUGAUCUGUUUGAUCAGAGAACAGAGCAAGGGCUCUAUUUCACAAACUGAAGCUACACACAUGUGUGAAAACAUUUUUGGUAAAAUUCAAAUCAACUGUUGCAGUUCUCUCCAAACUGAGCUUUUGUUGCACCAGGAGCCGCUGGAGGGUACUAGGUCCAGGACACAGGUUUAUGUGAAAAAGCAGCAAGAAGCAUCCAUCUUUUAUUUGAAACACAGUGAUGACAUGACUUUCAAAGUUGUGAAUGAAGUCAUCAUGCAUCUAACUAAAGAGAUCAAUGGCCUUCUUGAAAAUAUCCUAAACUCUUUAAUGCUUCCAGUCCUUGGACAUCUAUUGUUGUGUGACAACAUGGAGGAUGUUGAAAGAACCUUGGAACAACAGGGGAUCCAUAACAGCGUGACUGAAGAAGGAGGAUUUGGUACCCGUCCAGACCCUGGAGAUCCUAUACCAGAGGAAUGGAUUGAUUCCCUUGACAUGAACCCCUUUAAUUGUUUUGAAAAGCGGGAAUAUGUUGGCUUCCAAAAGGAUGAAUUGAAAAAUGAAUAUUGUUUUGCCAUUAUUGUAGAAUGUCUUGAUGAGCUUUCAGGACAGAACAGAAGGAUUCCUGCAAGAUACAAAAUACAGAUUGGGGCUGACGAGUUUAUUGAAGUAAGCUCUCUCGAUCUUUAUCAGUUUAAGAGAGAACAAUCAACCCCAAUGACAUUUUCCUCCUGCACAGAAAUAGCUGUGAUGCCAAAUCCUUCAGAGUCUACAUCUUCACCAAGGAGACCCACACCACAACAUGAACCAAAGGAAAGACACAAAUCACAGACACCUGGGGAGAGACCCAAACCACAGACCCUGGAUGAGGUCAAAAGAGAGAUUGACCAAUAUUUGAAAGAAAUCUGGAAAAUGUCAGAAGAAGACAAAUGUAAGGCUAUCAAACGCCUUUACUUAAGGUGGCACCCAGACAAGAACUUGGACAAUCCUGACCUGGCCAAUGAAGCCUUCAAAUAUCUACAGAACAGAAUCAAGGAGCUGGAGGGAGGGAAGACUGCAGGCAGCACAUCUUCAGGUGGAGAUCAUUUCCGAGAUUUCUGGUCCAGAUGGAAUGAAGAGGCCAGAAGGCACAGAAGGGGGAGAGAGCGAUUUUAUCAGAACAAUUCUAGGAGGCACUAUAACUUUUGGUCAUAUUUUACACCGAGGGACAUGCCAAAACCAGACAUUCCAGACAGAGAAGAAGCUAAGCGCUGGUACCGACAGGCAGAAUGUGACCUCAGCGCUGCUCAGAGUGAACCUGCGGCGAGUCCUGAGUGGAAUCUGUUUAAAGUGCAUCAGGCCGUGGAAAAAGCCCUGAUAGCCUCAGAGUACAGGAGAAAGGGACGACACUCCGGGAAUGUCUCCAUCACAGGUCUCGCCCAACAGAUUUCCCACUACAGCCCCCACCUCAGUGAGGUACCCAGUGCUGUAGCCCAGCUCAGGACACUUGGUGUAGAUGCCAAGAAAACUCAGUACCCAAACUGCCAUCCACCACCCUGCAUACCACACGAUCAGUUCAGACAUGAAGAUGCAAGAGAAGCAGUGAAGAUUGCAGCAGAGCUUCUGAAGAAUGUAGAAAAAUACAUUACUGGAUGAAGGAUUAGUUUACUUGUUUACUGAGUGUUUGAAGAUUGAAUCUUCAGCACUGAUUUACUUCUUUCUGAACCUAAUCUAGAAUAACUGAUGUUGAAAUGUAAUUUAAUUUACCAUAAUUUAAAAUUAGUUCUUUCUUAUUAGGGUUGUGCACUGCAAACCAAUUACUAUUCUAACUCCAGUGCUUUUUGGAACAACAGAUUUUGUACAUAUUUGUUUUCUGUUAGGAAUUAUUGGGGUGCAACUGUUUGACAUAAUGACACAAAAAUGCCAGUAACACUCAACCAACCAUGUGGGGCAUUACAACAAACAUUUUUUAAUACUUAAGAAACCACCUGAGGAACCACUGCAAGUAUCCAGAAUUACUAUAGCAACUGCCUAGCAUCCACCUAGCAACCACUAAACGAUACCAUAGCCACUGCAUUAAAUACCAUAGCAUCCCCACUGCAGUACUGUUGAAACAACACGAUUAAGACUUAGCAACCACCUUUGAUACUAUAGCAACCAGCUAGCAACACCAUAUGAACCAUUUAGGAUACCAUAGCAUUUGUCUAGCAUCCACCCUAUCCAAGUCCUUGCAACCACUAUACAACACUAUAGACACCACCUGAAAUAACAUAGUAAUUAAUUCCAUUGCAAUGCUGCCAAGCAGUCACCUAGCAACCACUUAGCUACCACUUGGGGCACCAGGGCAACCAGCUUGCAACACUAUAUAAACCACCAUAGAUACCAAAGUGUCUGGCCAGCAUGUACUUAGCAAAACCCUAACUACCACUAAACAACACCACAGCUACUACUGUAAAUGCCAUAGUUAUUACAUUGAUACGCUGUAGCGGCCAACAAGCAAGCAGUUAGCAACACCUUAGAACCCACCUAAGAUACCACAGCACGUGCCAAGAAAAUACUUAGCAACACCUUAGCUACCACUAAGCAACACUAUAAACACCACCUGAAAUACCAUAAUUACACUGUUACCACUUAGGGUAGCAUGGCAACCAGCUCACAAAACAAUAUUAAUGACCUGAGAUAACAUAGCAGCCAUGCAACUAAAUGGGAACCUUUUUUUCGUUC